GAAAUUUAAAAAUAAUUAACGAUCUGCUCAUCGGCUUCGAGAGAAAACAGAGCAGACGGAGAGAGAAAGAGGGGCAUCUCUCUCUAUCUCUCGAAACCCCAUCCUUCGAUUUCAGGAACUUAUUAGAGCUGUGAAUUGAUGCUACUUUGCAUAUCAAAAUGAAUAAUGAACGAAAAACAAUAGACUUAGAACAAGGAUGGGAUUUCAUGCAGAAAGGCAUAACAAAGUUGAAGAAUAUCUUAGAUGGUCCAACUGAGCAACAUUUCAGCUCAGAGGACUAUAUGAUGCUCUAUACAACAAUCUACAACAUGUGCACACAAAAACCACCACAUGAUUACUCUCAACAGCUGUAUGAAAAAUAUCGCGAGUCUUUUGAAGAGUACAUUACUUCAACGGUUUUACCUUCUUUGAGAGAGAAACAUGGUGAAUUCAUGCUCAGAGAGCUUGUUAGAAGAUGGUCAAAUCAUAAAGUCAUGGUUCGAUGGCUUUCUAGAUUCUUCCAUUAUCUUGAUCGAUAUUUCAUCACCCGAAGAUCUCUUCCUGCUCUAAAAGAAGUUGGGCUUACCUGUUUUCGUGAUCUGGUAUAUCAAGAGUUGCAUGGGAAAGUGAGGGAUGCUGUAAUAUCUCUGAUUGAUCAAGAGCGUGAAGGAGAGCAGAUUGACCGAGAUACAUCAGCAUAUUAUUCACGCAAAGCUUCAAGCUGGAUUCUAGAAGAUUCUUGUCCAGAUUAUAUGCUCAAAGCAGAGGAGUGCUUAAAAAGGGAGAAAGAUAGAGUUUCUCACUAUCUUCAUUUUAGCAGUGAAACAAAGCUUCUUGAGAAAGUUCAAAAUGAGUUGCUAUCCAUGUAUGCAACCCAAUUGCUUGAAAAGGAACACUCUGGUUGUCAUGCUUUACUUAGGGAUGACAAGGUUGAUGAUUUGUCAAGAAUGUAUAGACUAUUUUCCAAAAUACCCCAUGGAUUGGAUCCUGUCUCUAGUAUAUUUAAACAGCAUGUUGCUGCUGAAGGCACAGCCUUGGUGAAACAGGCAGAAGAUGCUGCAAGUAAUAAGAAGGCAGAAAAGAGAGAUGUGGUUGGCUUGCAGGAACAGGUUUUUGUGAGAAAAGUGAUUGAGCUGCAUGACAAGUACAUGGCUUAUGUAAAUGACUGUUUUAUGAACCACACCCUAUUUCAUAAGGCGCUUAAAGAAGCAUUCGAAAUAUUCUGCAACAAGGGCGUUUCCGGAAGUUCAAGUGCAGAAUUACUCGCCACAUUUUGUGAUAAUAUUCUUAAAAAAGGUGGAAGUGAGAAAUUAAGCGAUGAAGCCAUUGAAGACACACUUGAGAAGGCAUUUAAACUGCUUGCUUACAUCAGCGAUAAAGAUCUCUUUGCUGAAUUCUAUAGGAAAAAACUUGCUCGAAGGCUGUUGUUUGACAAAAGUGCCAAUGAUGAACAUGAAAGGAGUAUCCUCACAAAGCUGAAACAGCAGUGUGGUGGUCAGUUUACUUCAAAAAUGGAGGGAAUGGUAACAGAUUUAACAUUAGCAAAAGAAAACCAAUCCCAUUUUGAAGAGUAUUUAGGACAUAACACAAAUGUGAACCCUGGGAUUGACUUGACUGUAACUGUAUUGACUACUGGUUUUUGGCCAAGUUACAAGUCUUUUGAUCUCAAUCUCCCAAUAGAGAUGGUUAAGUGUGUUGAAGUAUUUAAAGAAUAUUACGAGACAAAAACAAAACAUAGGAAGCUUACGUGGGUGUAUUCAUUGGACCGAUUAAGUUAUCAAGAAAUCAAGACACAGUUAAACUUAUCAGAUGAUGAUGUCAUCAGGCUUCUUCAUUCCCUCUCUUGUGCAAAGUACAAGAUUCUUACAAAGGAACCAAAUACAAAAACAAUAUCUCCAAAUGAUUACUUUGAGUUCAAUUCAAAGUUUACAGAUAAAAUGAGGAGGAUCAAGAUCCCUUUGCCUCCAAUGGAUGAAAAGAAGAAGGUGAUUGAGGAUGUUGAUAAAGAUAGAAGGUAUGCAAUUGAUGCAUCGAUUGUUCGGAUUAUGAAGAGUAGAAAAGUUUUGGGUUAUCAGCAGUUGGUUAUGGAGUGUGUUGAACAGUUGGGACGCAUGUUUAAGCCUGAUGUAAAAGCAAUAAAGAAGAGGAUUGAAGAUCUGAUUACUCGGGAUUAUCUUGAAAGAGACAAAGAUAACCCAAAUUUGUUCAGGUACCUCGCAUGAUUGCAUAUAAUGUCUCCUUUGUUGAGGAAAAUUUUAAGAUGUUUGACC